AUGGAGCACGAAGUAGACGGUUGGAUUGCUCAGCUCAGUCAAUGCAAGCAGCUUUCUGAGGCUGAUGUGAAGCGGCUUUGCGACAAGACACGCGAGAUCCUAAUGGAGGAGUCAAAUGUGCAGCCUGUGAGGUGUCCGGUAACGGUUUGUGGAGAUAUCCAUGGUCAAUUCCAUGAUCUUUCAGAACUGUUCCGCAUUGGGGGCAACUCGCCCGACACGAACUACCUGUUCAUGGGUGACUACGUGGACCGAGGCUACUACUCGGUCGAAACCGUCACCCUGCUCGUCGCCCUCAAGCUGCGCUACCGCGACCGAGUAACGAUCCUCCGGGGCAACCACGAAUCGCGGCAGAUCACGCAAGUGUACGGAUUUUACGACGAGUGCCUUCGCAAGUAUGGCAACGCCAACGUCUGGAGAUACUUCACCGACCUAUUUGACUACCUCCCCCUUACCGCCCUCAUCGAAAACCAAAUAUUCUGCCUUCAUGGUGGCCUCUCACCUUCAAUUGACACGCUAGACCACGUACGUGGGAUUGACCGUGUGCAAGAGGUCCCGCACGAGGGCCCCAUGUGCGACCUCUUGUGGUCUGACCCCGACGACCGGUGUGGUUGGGGAAUUUCACCCCGCGGUGCGGGUUACACCUUCGGUCAAGACAUUAGCGAAGCGUUCAACCACAAUAACGGUCUCACCCUGGUCGCACGGGCGCACCAAUUGGUUAUGGAAGGCUACAACUGGGGCCAGGACCGGAAUGUCGUCACGAUCUUCUCUGCGCCCAACUACUGCUACCGCUGCGGCAAUCAAGCCGCGAUCAUGGAGAUCGACGAAAAAUUGUCGUACAGCUUCCUGCAGUUCGACCCAGCUCCCCGAGCGGGCGAACCUCUCGUUACGCGUCGUGUCCCGGACUAUUUCCUCCUCACUAUGUCAGACGUCCCGAUCCCAAGAUGA